GUGGGCCGACCAACUGUAGGCAAGUGUGUGUGUGUGUGUGUUAAUGUGUGUUCGUCUCAACGUAUCACGAAAUGUGUCUCCUCUCAGCAAAGACACACUAACGUGAGACGUAGUUAACGUUUUUUUGGUAUUGAAAGUUUUGCUUUUGUCGCCUCAAGAUUGCUUCGAUGUUAUAAUCUGUAUAUUAAAACAUUACGCUUGUAAAACGCAAUAUUUAUCGGCCAAAACCUGCCGACUUCGUUUCUUCUAAAGAGUGUCCGCUUCCCCUCCCCUCGAUGAAGCGCUGCGAUGCCCUCUGAUUUUAUAUCCCUCCUUAGCUCGGAUCUCGACCUCAAUUCCCCCAAAUCUCUAUACUCAAAAGAGUCGGUAUAUGACCUCCUCCCUAAAGAGCUCCAGCUCCAGCCACCGUCCACCCAGACAGACCCACCCACCAUGAGUCAAAAGAGUGGGGGAGAGGCGGGACCUCCCCCCUCUGCAGCCUUGGCCUCAGAUGCCACCUCUUCCACCUCCAGCCCCUCUGCCUCUUCCUCCCUGGCCAUGGGAGUCCUAUCCACUGGCCCCUCUACCUCACCCUCAGACCAUCUCAAGGUUCCCCAGCAUCUCCACUCCAGCGGAGGGGAUGGAGCUGGAGAUUCAGAGAUGCAAGGUAUGGAGGGUGCUGUAUCUACCCCCAGCAGAGGCAACAGCGGAGCAAACACUGCAACAGGAGACAUAGUGGCAGGAGUGUUGUCAGGGCUAGGAGUCCAGCAGCCACAGAGCACCCCAUCCAAACGGAGGCCUGUGUUGAGUAUAUCCCCGCCACCUGAGGACCUAUUUGACGACAGCCAGAUGUCUUGCCAAGAGGAGCCUACCAUAUCUGGUCCACCAGGUCCAGACUCAGAGCAUAGCAGCAGCAUGUGGGCUGAUGACUCCGUCUCCAACUUCAGCUUGAUCAGCUCUGUCUCCUACAAUGACAACACAGAGGUGCCACGCAAGUCUAGAAAACGCACCCCUCGCCAGCGGCCUGGCCCUAAGCCUGCUCCUCCAGAAGACAGCAUGGAUGUGUUUGAUGCUGACAGCGCCAAGGCCCCUCACUUUGUCCUAUCCCAGCUGGGCACAGACAAGACCAGUGCCAUGGCCAGCUCUCUUGAGUCAGGGACUGCAGUGAAGGGUGGGUCACUGUCUGCUCAGUUCCCACUGAAGAGUGAUGGGAAGGAGCUAAAGAUCCUGGUGCAGCCAGAGACCCAGCACAGAGCUCGCUAUCUGACCGAGGGCAGCAGAGGUUCUGUCAAAGACCGCACACAGCAGGGAUUCCCCACUGUCAAGCUGGAGGGUGUGACUGAACCAGUUGUGCUUCAGGUGUUUGUAGCGAAUGAUGCAGGCAGAGUGAAGCCUCACGGUUUCUACCAGGCAUGCAGAGUGACAGGACGCAACACCACUGCCUGCAAGGAGGUGGACAUAGAGGGCACCACUGUUAUUGAGAUCCCUCUGGAGCCCAGCAGUGACAUGACACUCGCGGUGGACUGUGUAGGAAUUUUGAAGCUGCGUAAUGCAGAUGUGGAGGCCCGUAUUGGUGUGGCAGGGUCCAAGAAGAAGAGCACGCGUGCCAGGCUGGCCUUCAGAGUGAGCAUCCCCCAACCUGAUGGAUCAGUCCUUACUCUACAGGUCCCCUCAUCACCCAUCCUCUGCACCCAGCCAGCAGGAGUGCCAGAGAUCCUGAAGAAGAGUCUUCACAGCUGCUCAGUGAGAGGAGGAGAUGAAGUUUUUAUUAUCGGAAAGAACUUCCUCAAAGGAACCAAAGUUAUUUUUCAGGAGAACAUUGCAGAUGAUAAUUCCUGGCAAGCUGAGGCAAAGAUUGACAUGGACCUUUUCCAUCAGAACCAUUUGAUAGUGACAGUCCCUCCGUUCCACAACCAGUCAAUCACUUCUCCAGUUUCUGUAGGAAUUUUGGUGAUGACCAAUGCUGGUAGAUCACAUGACGCCCAGCCCUUUACCUACACUCCAGACUCAGCUGAUAACUCAAAUAUCCAGACAGUAAAAACAGAGGGACCCUCCCUGGUCAAGACGUGUAUAUUUGAUGGCCAGAUAAAAUCGAUAUCUUCUGAGCGAACUGACUGCUCUGGUCAGCCUUCCAAACGGCAAGAGGACACACCAAUGGAAGUGUCUAGCAAUCCACCACCCACAGAUGUCUUUAAGCCAUCCCCUGACCCUCUAGUCUCAGUACAGCAGACUCUGGAGCUCAGCUCUAGUCCUCAUCCAGGUGGAGAAUCCUUUCAGAGCCCAAUGCCCCUACAACCUGAAGAUGUGGAGCUUCCCCAGGCACCACCUGUCUUUCCUAGCCUAGAGUCUCUCAGCACCAUACAAAAGCAAGACAUUUCCCCCACAACCUCCUUUCCAGUGUCGGGAGAUACUACAAUCCCCCCUGUGACACCAGAAGUCCCUCAGCAAUUCCUCAGAGACCCUCAGGACAGCCUGCCUCCUGAGAGUUCCAAUAAUAGUGGAGGGGUCGUAGUCGUGGCCAUGCCCCAGAUAGCAACUCCCUCUCAGCCCCAGCCACAACACUCACAGGUUCCCCUGUUCCCCCAGGAAGGGGUGGCCCAGCUGGAGAGGGCAGUAAGGGAGCUACAGGCUGGAGGUAACACCACGCUCCAGCAGGUGUUGGAGGCGGCUGUAGCCCAGCAGCAGCUGAACUCUGUGCUGUACAGCCCCACGCCCUCUGCAGACUCCCUUCAGCAGCACGUCCAGGAGAACAUGAAUAGCCUUAGAUUGGGAACCACAGAUAAUUCACUAUCGACACAGCAACAGCUACAGAUACAACAGCAGCAGCAACAACAACAACAACAACAACAACAGAUACAGCAACAGUUUCAACAGCAUCAACAACUGCAGCAACAACAGCAAAUCCUUGGUAACCUUCAGCAUCAACAACAGCAGCAACACUUACAGCAGCAACAGCAGCAAGUUCUUGGCAACAUGCAGAUCCAACAACAACUUAUAUUACAGCCACAAGACCAACAGCAACUGCAGCAGCAGCAGCAAAUCAUGGAGAAUAUUCAACAGCAACAACAACAGUUGCAACAAAAUCAGCAACAGCAAGUCCUUAACAACCUCCAACUUCAGGAUCAGCAACAACAAAAUCAAAUACUUACCAAUUUACAACAACAUCAGCUACAACAGCAGCAACAGCAGCAGCAAAAUCAAGCGUUGAGCAACUUACAACAGCAACAACAACUGCAAGAGCAGCAGGUCUUGGAGAAUUUACAGCAGCACCUUCAGGCUGAGUUGCUUCAGCCCCAGAUCCAUUCCUCCCCCCAAGUACAGCAGCCAGUGUCCCUCCUUCAACAGGCUGGAGAUCUGCUCACCAUUCAGACCAGCUUCCCAACACAGCCUCCAUCUCAUACAUCUCCACCACAACAGCUCUUCCAAUCGCCCAGGCCCCUGGCUGAGACCCAGGGCUCCCAACAGCAGGUCCAGGCUGCCCUGCUCCAGAAUACUCUGACUGUUCUGACUAGUGGCAGUCUCAACUCAGAGCAGCAGUCCACAGGGUCAACCCUAUACCUGUCCCCAAACCCUCAGCCCCAACAACAGCAACAGCAGCAGCUGGCAUUCAUCUCAUCCAUGGAGACAUCUAACAGCCAGCCCCAGUCUGUUGCAAUGUUUCAGAACCAACCCCAAGCUCAGCUUUCCCAAAUGCAGCAACAGAGCACCCCCAUGGAGCAGCAGCAGUCUCCACAGCAGAACCAACAACAGCCACCACAGCUUCCAAUGGGCCAGCAGGGCUCCUUGUUCCAAAGUAUCCCAAACCACUCACAGGCUAACCCUGUCCCCCAGAACCAGCUUUCCCAACCCCAGCAGACAGGUCUGCUCCUCUGCACCACAGAUCUAAACCCCCAGGCUAUUCCCCCAACUCUUCUCUUCAGUACCCAGACCCAAGGCGCUUCUCCUAUGGGGAGCAUUAGCGUUGGAAUCUCCCAGCCAGACCCAGCAGAGCCCAUGUCCUUCCAAGACCAGAGCUCCUCAGGCAGCAACUCAACAUCCACUGAGAACCAACAGCAGAGCCUGUUCCAGGAACAGCAGCCAAUGCAAGUGGGGCCAAGUUCCAGCACUAUCCAGAGCAGUCAACCCGUGGAGCUGUUCUUGCCACAGACAUCGCUAUCCAGCCUGCAGAGCACUAUUGGCUCACAGGAGCUGAACAACCAGGCUCCAGCCCCUGGCGCAACCAUCUUUGUGGUACAGGGUGGUGUGGGUGUGGUAGCCAACCCUGGCCAGCAGCCCCCAGAGCAGCUUUUCCAGACAGCUGUGGGUGGGAAUGUGGCUCCACAAGGACAGGCCAACCUGUUUGUGUUUGGUAUCCAGAAUGACUCGCCCCAGCUGCUCAAUUCCUCCGGACCCACCCUGCCAGCUCAGAGCCAGCCCCAGAACUCCAGUCACAUGCAACCUCUGUUGGACCAAGCUGCCUCCUCGAUGCCAGCCACCAUGCACAGCAGCUUACAGAACACCCUUCAGGCACAAAUGCAGACCAGCCUACAGAAUGCAAUGCAGACAAACACACAAACAGCUCUGCAGUCCAGUUUACAGGCAGCCAUAGAAACAAGCCUGCCAACUCCAAUGCAGACCAAUCUACAGACACAGAUACAGAGCAGCUUACAGAAUCAAUUGCAGGCAUCAAUAUCUGCAUCGUCCAACAUGGAUAAAAUUGAGGACCUACUGGAAAGUCUACAGAAACAGUGAUAAAUGUUUGGACCGUAUGGGCACUAAGGAAAUUGAGUGAUAUGUAGCAGAGAGUUAUACAUCCUUACAUUAACAAACAGAAUGGUGGUGUUUUGUGCUCAUGCCACAAAACUUAGAAAAUUUAAAAUAUUUAAGAAUUAAAUGCCCCUUUUACCAAAAAAAACAAAAAAAACAAAAAAAAAAAACAACCCCCCCCCAUUAUAAGAUCAUGUAACUCCUUGUUUUUAUGGAAUAUUUAUAAUUACUUAUAGCUUUCAUACAUCCAUUGUCCUUGAAUUGAUGAAUCCGCCUUGUUAUUACCCCUCUUGCAGGAUCAGAGAGGCCUGUAAUAACUGCUUUAUCCAUCAGUCUCAGAAAUGCAGUGUUUUGUUUGUGUUUUAAUAAUGUGAGCCUAAGAGGAGGAGGAGGAGAUGAUGAUGAUGAUGAACCUACCAGGUUUGGUGGAAAAACUGGAAAGGGAUAAAGAAUGUCAGUGACAGGGAAACAGGGGAAUAGUAAUAUGACAGAGAUGUGUCUGUAAGAGUAGGCAAAGUAGAUAAAACAGCUAGCCAUGGAGUGAAUAUCAGAUUGCACAUAAGUGUCAGAUAUAGGCUGAAUCUCAUUUUGUGAGUGUAUAAACUCCAAGCCUUCACUCUGAGAGGCAGUCUGUGAGAUGUGUUUUAGUCUGUUCUGGAGUGACAGUGGAAAUGGGGGCAGAUUACCUGACAUAAAAUAAUUAUAUCACAACCACUCAAUUUAAACUUCUUUUGCCAUGGAUAACGUCAUUUUUUUUUUUUUUUUUUUUUUUUUACAAUUAAUUAAACCUUGUGUUUGCAUAUGUCAACAAUUUGACUAAAAUUUACUCUAAGAGUAAAAACUAUUAAAUUAAGUACAUUUGUAGAAUGUUUUGCCUCCAUCAUAUUUGCUGGCAUGGCUGGAGUAUGCACCUGAGCAGACUAUCAGGAGGAGGAGAGUUAAAUAUUGAUGUCAACUCCACAAAAACGAAAUUAACUCACUCACCAAAAUGGGUAUCAAUACAUUCUGGUAUUGCAGGGGUUUCCCCCAUGUUCAGAAAGUGGAAGGACUAUUAAAGGUGGGAUAUGCGAUUCUGGAGAAAUCCAAUAUGUCUUAACGUUAGCUAGUUUGUGGGUUAGCAAACUGUCGCUACAAUUGCUGCGAAGCUAACAUCCAGACAGGACGACACUUUUCCCAGAGCCGGCAAACCAGCUCCAGCCAGCGAUACUCACAACUCUCCUGCUGCUAAUGCUAACAUCACAAUAACAGUUUUAUUUUCAGCGCACACUGAGCGGACAGUGAGGAGAUAUUCGCUGAAUUUGACAAAAAGACGUGUAUUGGAUUAGAAUCGCAUACCCCACCUUUAAACACUUGCAAAUGAGAUUCAACCUGGUGAAUAAUGUGACUUGGCCUUUCAUUUCAGCAUCUCCCAGUGUUUUCACACAUUUAGGCCUCAUCACUGGGUUUGCAGAAGCUUUCUUGGUGAAAUUGUAAGACUAUAUAGUGUGUGUAUCUUUUUGUUUUGAAUAAGUUGGUAACCUUUACCAAUUUGAUGUGGAUAGAAAGAAACUUUCCACUCGUGAAAAUGGAGUGUUGUGUGGUUUUAUAAACAUUUUAUCUCAAGCACUUUAUAACCUCUAGCUAAUCCUUAUAUUCGUCCACAGCUCUCUACUGACCCAGCUGAAUUUGUACUGGAAAUGUCCAGUUAAAAAACAAGAAAAACUGAAAAAAACAUAAAGCAGUUGUCUUUGUAAAGGUAAAUACAUCUUAACCAAGCAUUUUUACAUUUUCUCAUGAAUAUUUUUGAGGUCUAGGACAACUUUGUAUAGAAUGUCUGCUCACUGUUGAAUUCCUCUUUGUAUUCAGUCUCAGUGGUCCGGUCAAGUCUGUCAAAAAAAAAAAAAAAAACAGCCAUUCCCACAAAAGCAUUGUCAUUUUUCAGUGUUGGAGUGGUAAGUAGGCCUUUGUGUUUUACAAACAACCUAAAAUACUGAUUCAUUUAGUUUGUGCAUUGAAAUGAAGGAUUUUCAUCUUAUUGCUAUUUGUACUAUUUACUGUUCAAUCUGUCACUUGAGACUGUUUUACCUUGUGUUGUAUUAAAUAUUUAAGUUUUUGUCUCAGUGUUGGUACCGUGUGCAGGCUGGCGCCAUGUGAAGUUGGCAUCCAGUACCCGUCCCUUGUGUUGUGAACAGGGGGCUCACUGGUAAAUGAAAUCUCUGUUACAUAGAGGCCGCCAUUUUGAUUCUAUCUAUGGUGCUAUGUGCAGGAGUGAUGUGCACUUCUAAUGUGAUGUUAGUACACAACAGUUUAUAUUUACAUCAAUAGCACUGACAUUAAUUGUUAGUUUUGAAGCAGAGUUCAGUCUAGAGAGCUGGCUGCUGUUGUGGGGUCAGACUGGAGUGCAUCCAGGCAUACCAAAGCUCCUGUUGUGACUCGCCAUCAUCUUGUCUCAUGCUCGUCCUUGUAAACGCUCUCAUUAUGUUUACUCAUUUAAAUUAUGCAGCUCUUACAUGGAUAGCAAUUCAGCAUGUUUUAUUUUAAGUACAAGAUUUAUAAAAGAUAUGUAAAGGUACUUUGUUUCAUGGAUCAUCUCUCAUUAACAUUUCCACCAAUUUGAUACUUUACAUUUCUCAUUACAUUAUUCUAUUUCUUUGAUGCAAAAUAACACUGCUGUACUUUCCAUAUCUACAACAGUAGCCAAUUUGGCAUUAUCAAAAAGCCAAUUUUUGAAAAUAAUUCAAAUGUUAGAAUAGCAUUGCUCACAUAUGCAUUUGUUUACAUUUUCAUAGUCAUACUAUUUUGUCCUGCAGCUGUUAGUGAUCCAUUUUAAAGUAACUUAUCUUUUUUAGAAUUUUGUAUCCAUGUAUCAAAAUGUAGAAUAUUUUUGUAAAACUAAACUUUCGGGUUAAGCUCAUAGCACAGAAUAUCAUUGCUGGUAUGUUUUCCUGAAAUGAAGCGCUGGUUUAUUGUGAAGUGUAUGACUGAAAUUAGAAAUGUUAUUAAGUGGACGUCAAGCAAAUAUGUUAGAACUUAAUUCUACUGUUUUAACAUUGACUUUACCCAACCUGUAUAACAUAAUACAUGGCUAGGUUUCUUGUGUGUUUGUUUUUUUAGUUUAGUUUUGUUGUUUCUUUUUGUCUUUUAAUGUCAUGCAUCUCAAAUGGCACUUUGACUCAUCCAUUAACUGUAGAUCAGGUUACAGCACAGUAGUGAUGUUUCCAAGCAUUCCAUUCCUCUUGGGUGGGGGAGUUUAAGAGCACACGAUGUUGCGGAAGAAGUGCGGAACAGUAAUUCUUCUUGAAGCCAUACCAACACAGAAAGCCAACCUGUGACUUCAGUUUCAUGAAUGUAAAUUUUACCUCAUGGUGUGGACAGGGAGUUUGCUCUACAUCUAACAUCGGACCAAUUACAAUUUUAGAGAACAUAUAUUUUGAGGUAGAGGGGAUGGGUGGGGUGGCAACAAACUGUCAUUUGUAUCACUGUACAUUUGUCAGAUUGUUUUGUCGUGGAUUGUGGUGUAAUUUCAUGUUUUCACGUCCAGUCGUUUCAUUUUGAGCAAUCCAGGAUGCUCAGUCUGACUCUUCGAUUAGCCACUUCCACCUGAAAAAAACCAUGUGAAACAUGAAUUUAAUCGUGGUGAAGAUAGCACACAAAUCUGUACACUAUCGGUUUUGUCCUUCAGUCAUGUAAAUGAAUAUCCAUGUAUAUUUAAAUGUGAAAUAUACUGCAGGGGUAUCUUGAAUUUCAAUUGUGAUGCUUUCAACAGAACUUUGUGUGCCUUGAUAACUUAACCGUUUCUCUGCUGUGUUUAUUGGUGUUCCUUUUGUGCUAUUUGGCUCUUUGUCCUUUUUAUUUUCUAGGACUGUUUAACAUUAGGACACUUUUCAGUGAUUGAAUCUUUAGUUCUAAACACAAACAUAACCAUAGCCCAAAACCGAUAAUAUUUUAGUUUUAACAUUUUGUCUUUGGAAAUCCAUUGCAAGAUAUCAGUAGUAUUCUCCACAUAAUGUUGUGCAGCUUCACCAGUGAAUUGUCAACUUGUUUGUUGUUAUUUUCCGUUAAAAAAAAUGUUCAUGCCUCAUGAGAUUUGUACACGUGAGGUAAAAGGGACGUGACAAUGGAGAUUGUUUAAUGGAGAGCUUUCUUGUGUUGAUGUGCUUGUCAACAUUACUAUUGUUGCUGUGAAAUGCUUGAUCAAAAGGAGCAACCAUGAUGAAUUAACUGUUAAUUGCCAAUAGUGUGAGCUGUAUCUUGUGUGUAAUCAGUUUGCUCACUUUUCCUAGUUCGCUUUCUAUUUCACAUUCUCCAACAGUUCUGUUGUAUCCGUUCUGUGUAGCUUGAGCUUUAGUAUCUAGCCUUAUGACCCUGCAGUCGGGAUAAAGGUCAACCCCAGUGUGUUAUCAUACAUCUGAACUAUUACUAACAUGUACUUUGCCUUGGUCUGGACAUUUGUAUAAUCUUCUGUUUAUAUCUGUAAUCCUGCUGCUACAUUAAAUGAAUUAAUAAAAAUUUAAAUGUC